CGAAGAGACAAAGAUGAGAGCAAGAGCACUUCUGUACAAGUGGGUCCUGAGCAACCAAUCUGAAUGGAAAGUUUACGAGCGGGCCAAUGAGAGGCAGGGUUAGCGGGUCGGCCUCAAGGCAGCGGGGCAGCCUGUCAGCAACUCAUCAUCCUUGUCCUAUCUCAUUCUUGAUAACUCUUACUUUCUUUUGCCGCUAAGACUUUUCCUCGCCUAAGCCUGUGAUUAACAUGCAUAGUGGCAAGCUUUUUCAUAAGUACCAAGGCACCCCCGCGAACAGUCGAACCAGUUGCUGAGCGCUGAAAUGGAAUCCGAGAAGAAGCGCCGUGCGAGCAAGCCUAAAGUCAAAUCCGGCUGUCGGACAUGCAAAAUUCGUCGAGUCAAAUGCGACGAGGGUCGACCGGCGUGCAAGAGGUGCGUGUCCACCGGCCGCGUUUGCGAUGGCUAUGGAAUUUGGAGCGAGGGAAGGAAAACCACCUAUGGCGGUAGUUCUGGCGCACCGAGGGUUUUCCAGUCCCUCCUGUCUAGUUACAAUGCACCGGUACCAGUUCCCCAUGCCGCAUGUGCUGAACAGAAAUGCGUGGAAUGGUUCAUCGAAUGUACUAUUUUUAAGAUCGGCGGAGUGUUUUCUUCCCAGUUCUGGGGCAGGACAGUUGUUCAAGCACUUUCUCAAGAGCCAGCAGUGCGACAUGCUGUUAUGGCAUUGGCUUCUACGCAUAAAUAUAGGGCUCAGAGGAGCGACAAGGAUACUACAAUGGCGAGCCAGCUAAGCGAGCAUGAGAAGUUCACUCUUCAACACUACAACAAAGCUAUUGGCUGUCUCCAUGCUGAAAUAAGACGCCACAGCCAACGACCGCAGAGUGUGAUAGUUGCCCUCAUUACUUGCAUGGUAUUCGUGACUCUCGAACUGAUGCGAGGCCAAUACCGAAUGAGUCAUGCUCAUCUACAGCACGGGCUGAAACUGGUGAAGGAGAUUCAGAAACUCUCCGGAACCUCUAAGACCGGAAAGAUUAUGAUAAGGACUUCGUCGCAAACAAAUGAGGAUGAUGUUAUCGAGGCCUUUAGCAGACUGGGAGUGCACUAUGCUCUGCUUGGACAUGGGACAAAAUACUCGAACCUUGACUAUGACAUCCAACCUCGUCAUUUACCGUACAAAUUUGAGUCAAUUGAACAAGCAAGACAAUAUCUGGAUGUUCUCUUAGCAAAAGCACAGUGUCUGGUGGAAUUGGUUCGUCACAUCGAGACGGGCAUGUGUGUCGCGACUCGGGGCUACGAGCAAUAUCUUGAGUCUCAAUGGCGCCUGGAAAAGGACUUGGAAAUAUGGCUUGAUGUUUAUAGAUCGUCACUUGAUGGAUUUUCAGCUCAAGAUUUGAUCAAAGAUACCUUGGCUACAAGGUUACUCGGGAUGUACCAUACCAUGGCCUCGAUCAUGGUCAGGACCUGCAUUCCAUGGGACGACGACACGGCAUUCGACCUACAAACCGACAGAUUCAUGUCCAUUAUCCGUGAGGCAAUCGACAUGUGCCAAGCCCUCAGAACCGCAUAUCCAGAUUUUCCCAUGAGUGGAUCUCUCAAUUGCCCGCUGGGAAUGGCAUUUACGAUAGACAUUGGCUUCAUCCAACCAUUAUAUUACACUGCAAUCAAGUGCCGGAUUCCCCAGAUCCGACGACACGCGAUCGGCUUGCUUCGAUUGGCACCUCACCGUGAAGGCAUAUGGAAUGGCGCCCUUACUGCCAGAAUUGCAGAGGAGGUAGUUGCAUAUGAAGAGUCGAAUAUCGACACAAGCUGUACAGUUGGAAAAAGCUUGGAUCUCCUCAGCCUGCCAGAAGCGGGUAGUUCAAUUACAAUCCUGCCUUCUCUGUGCCGCAUCUCAGAUGUUCAUGUCGAAUUGCCCGAUGAGAACACAGGAGAGGCUACCGUGACAUUCUGGCAGCGUGACGACGGUAGAAGCUGGAAGGUUGGCGAGAGAAAAUUCCAGACGGAGGAUCCAUAAGCAAAUCUCAACCCCUGGAGCCUGUCCCUUUUCUUUUGAAAUUGACUGUCCAGAGUGAUUAUGACAUCAUGACACACCGGCAUUUCAGCCAAUCACAAUCAACGUGAUAAAAUCUUACCGAUCAUCAACAAAGAAAAUGUAAUGAUCGACUGACUCGUGCACAGCACCAGCGGCGCAGGGUGGAACGGUUGGAAUGUGAAGCUCAGCCACUAUC